AUGUCCACUCACCAACUCAACUUCCCCAUCUUGGAUUUCUCCAAGUUUGGGCACGACUUCAACUCGUUUGCCGACGAGCUAUUCAAAGCUAGCGCAGAAUGGGGCUUCUUCAUUCUCACCGAGCAUGGGGUGCAAGGAGUUGACCGCAUGUUUGAAUUGUCUCGUCAAUUUUUCGACUUACCUCUCGAUGUUAAGGCUGAGAAACCCAUGGAUAGCGAGGCUAUAGGUUUUGAUGGGGAUAGAUUGACCAGCUUCGCCGCAUCCGAGGGGUUCAGCUUCGGUAAACCAGCUGGGGGCUUGCUCACAAGCAGCAACUUACCAGCAUGGUGGGACCUAACAAAGCGUAGCGAGAUCGAGGCGUUCAAGGCCGAAUGUGAAAUUUUGAGCCGCUCCGUGCUCUCCUGCUUCGCUUUCAAGAUGGGUUUGGAUAAGAACUAUUUCAAAAAUAACCAUACAUCCGACCCCGGAAACACGCUCAAGAUGAUCAAAUACCCACGGUUUACCGAGCAGCCGUCUGAGGUACCACGACUGUCUGAACACACCGAUUGGGGAAGCAUCACCUUUGUCUUUACCAGUCAGCCGGGUCUAGAGGUGCGGGACCCAUCGAACCGAUGGUACGACGUUCCACUGGUGCCGGGAGGGAUCAUUGUAAACAUUGCCGAUGCACUGUCACUUUGGACAAAUCAGAGCCUGAAAUCAACGAUGCACAGGAUCAGCUGGGCCAACUUAGACAUCAACCAGGACCGAUACAGUAUCGCCUAUUUUACCAAUCCUGAUUACGAUGCCUUACUGUCGCUCUGUGACGAGGAAGACGAAGAGCCUGCGCUGUCAUUCCGAGACUACUACAAAGUCCGUCUAGGGCUCACCUUUGGUUCCAUCAGGAACGGAUCGGAGCUGGCGUCUCUCGAUCCUGCCGUUGUGAGAAGGAUAGAGAAGCUUCAGGUAGCCAAUUCGGGGAAACUCAUAUCGCACAGGAUUGAAAGUAGCUAG